GAGCCAGCUAAUUGCUUGCUUCCGUGUUUUCGCAGCAGUCUCCAAGAGCGUUUUGUUCCGCUGAGGGUGUUUUUCAGCGUUCUCAGCGGCCACACGGGCAAGAGAAGCUUUAUUCCUUUUCAUUGUGGUAGUAAUGGUGACAGAUGGAGUCCUCGCACGGGGAUCCUUUGGAUGGUCCACUCAGGGUAACUUCACUUCAAUGUGCCCCAAUGGGACGAAAUGGGUCUGGGAUGGACUCGGGGAAUGUGCCCAGGGUGCAAGAGAUAUGGCCAGUAUCUAUCUAGGCCUGCUGUCCAUCCUCUGCUUCAUGGUGUCUUCGCUCCCACAGUACUAUAGCUCCUGCAAAACAGGGAAUAUGGACAGCGCCCUCUCUAUUUGGUUUCUGCUGCUGUGGUUGGGAGGUGACACCUGCAAUCUGGUGGGCUCCUUCCUGGCCGACCAGCUUCCACUUCAGACGUAUACAGCAGUUUAUUACGUUGUGGCUGAUUUGUUGAUGCUGGCCUUGUACUUAUACUACAAGACAAGGAACACACUAUCUGAACGCAGGAGGGUUUUAAACGUUGUGGGUGUAGUCUGCGUACUGGGCUUCACCAGCAGCCUCGUCCACCUACCCGGGUUAGGCAGCCAACCAGAAAUGAUUCCCUCUGGGUUCAGGGGGCGUACCUUGCUCUCAACCUCUGAUGUUCACCCCAUCAAGGCUUUUACCACUAAAGAAAUUAUUGGUUUCACCAUCGGCUCAGUGUCAUCAGUGCUCUACCUCUGUUCCAGACUUCCCCAGAUGUACACUAAUUUCAUGCGGAAGUCAACAGAGGGAGUUUCUUACUUCCUGUUCGCUCUUGUCAUUUUGGGAAACACCACAUACGGCCUGAGCGUCCUGCUGAAGAACCCUGAUUAUGGCGACGGAGAGAGAAGCUACCUGGUCCAUCACCUGCCCUGGCUCAUCGGCAGCCUCGGCACACUCUCCUUAGACAUAGCUAUCUCCGUCCAGUUCUUAAUUUACCGCAAGGCUUCGGCAAAGGAGGACAGCAGCCGCGAUGAGACAAGGCCUCUGAUUGGGAGCUAAACCAUCGAGUGCGGAGUGUAGCGGUGGGACACUCGCUUUCAGUGAACCCUCAAAAUCACACGUCUAACACCAAAUCAGGAUGAAAAAAACAAACAUUUUAGCUUUAAUUUUACGGUUUUAUUUAUUAUACUCAUUUUUUUUUUAUUUUUUUUUUUUAUGUUUACAAUAUGUUUUAAACUGCACAAGCACAGAGACGGAUGAAGUUCUUCCCUCGGGUUCUGCUGCAGUGAAGUGAUUCACACUGCUCUCUGUUUUAGUGUUUUAAAGGGACGGUUUAGGGGUUCAGGUGUUGGACACGGAUGAAAACAACCUUGCAACCUGAACUCCUGAUUUUUAGGUCACAACCUCACACUGAUGUCAGACUUCACGUCGAUGUCAGUAAACCUCUUGGCAUGGGUGACCAGACACCACAGAGGUUUCUUUAAAUUAUUAUUCCAGUGUUUUAACGUUGCCAAACAUUUUGACAGUUAUGACAGGAACCACUGCAUGAAGCCCCAUCUCAUCUUGUUUACAAUGUUUUAGAGAAGCUCCUGAAACUUGAACCUUUUGUGUUUUUGGGCUCUGAGAUGUAAAUGCAGUGAUGUGUCUGACUGGAAAAGAAGAAAUGUUUAGUAAAAGUGUAAAUUGUAUUUAGUCUAUUUUUAAUUGAUGUGUAUAUCAUGUGACUUAAUUGGAGAAAAAAAAGAACUUUUUUGUGCAUUUUAGAUACCUUUUUCAUUUUAAUUAACAGUUUUAUUUUACAGUUUUGCUUAGUUUUUUUCAAAUAAGGACACAGGUUUGUUUGCACUGGUGAUAUCAGUCACAUCACUUAAUACAGAUUUUCACUACGAGUUUAAUUUCUACAUUUUUUCAUUCUCACUGUUUUGCACAUUUUGACACAAAAGUACGUUUUUGUACUUUAAAAAAUAGUAAAUAUGUUAUUAAAAAUAAUUCAACAAACAAAUGACACCUUUCCACCGUUCCUUUCAUUUUAGCUGAAGUGUUGAGUCAAGUAGGAUUGUCCCAGUUUGUCUCAUAAUAGUAU